GCUCGUCCAAUAUUGGUUCGAUAAAUAAAAAUAAUAUGGAGAAGUGUCUGUUUCGUUUUGCGUUGAUUGCGUCGUUAAUUAGUUUGGGAUUAGCCCAAGAGGAAGCUUUUUGUCAUUUGCCAUCUUGUAAGGAUGCUCCGCACACGCUCUGCAUAUAUCCCUUCCUUAAACCAAGCCCAGCUUGUGGAAAAAUCAUAUCGUCAGGAUUGACUCAAAAAGAAGUCGAUGGAAUUGUUGCUCUUCACAACAAAUUGAGAAAGAAGGUUGCUUCUGGACAAGAAAAACGUGGGCAUCCAGGACCCCAGCCUGGUGCCAAGCACAUGCCAGAUUUGACGUGGUCCAAUGACCUGACAGCCGUUGCCCAGACCUGGGCCCUUCAGUGCAUCAAUAAGCACGACGCAUGCAAAAACCUUCCGCAAUACUACGUUGGACAGAACUUGAACUGGGGAUCGGCUGGCGGUCCUUAUGACAUACCCUUGUCGAUGUUGGUACAAGUUUGGUACGACGAAGUUAAGCACGUCAACCCAAAGAUCGUCAAGAAAUAUCAUCUGAAAAAGGAAUAUGCUCAUUACACUCAAAUGGUAUGGGCCAAAACGACCGAAAUAGGCUGCGGUCUCGUUCGCUAUACAAGAAACAACGGCGAAGACUACGAAAUCUUCCUCGUAUGCAACUACGGACCGGGUGGAAAUGUCGAUACCGAACCCAUGUACGAGGUCAAAUGAUGGUCUUGAGACUGGAGAAAAAUUAAGGGAGCUUGCACGAGCUCCCUCCUGUACUUAUAUCAUCAAAUAAAACGGGAUUGGAGCUUUUUUCUAAAUUUUGGUAUUUUAAUCGAAAAAAUGUAAAAUUUCAUCGUUGAAUGAAAAAUUGUAUACUUUCUCAAUUGCCAGCCAAAUAAAAUGAUAACAAACCGUAA